AUGGGUCUGAAUGCAUCAACUCUUCAGCACGUGUCUUUGGAGGGUAAGACCUGGACUGAAUGGAGUCCUGAUCACCUCCUGCAACCUCUAGCAGUGGGGGAAGUAGAGCUAAAAUGGGAGAAAGAGCCAGGAACCCAGAUUACUGUAACAAUAAAAGAGGAAGAAGAGACUGAUCUUGUACACUUUCAGAAAAUUGGGGAAGCAGAGGAGGAGCAAGGAGAAAGCAAUGAGGGAAAGCAAGGCCAUGAGAAAGGACAGGAUGUAAGAGUGGGUGAGGAAGAGAAUCAGGGUGUAGAUCAAUCCGUAGACACUCCCCUUGCUAUUCUCUCUCUUUCUCAGUAUUUCUCAUCCACCAUCAUUCCAUCUCUGAUCACCACACAAGGUCCUGCAGACAUUACACGGAUUAAUCCUGUAAAGGACACAUCUGUGCUAACGACCAAUGAAAAUAGCACACAUGAGAAUUCUUCAUUGGCUCAGAUUGAGAGUUCCGAAGAGAAUGUGGAUGCUGCUCCCACGGCAGUGGCGGCCAGGGCUGGCCCUACUGCCAUGAGCUUACCCAGCACCUUCAAGCCCAAACCAAAGACUAAACUUCCAAAAAUCAAAGACAAACAGAUAUUGCAAACAAAGAAAAACAAGCUUCAAACUAAGGAGAAAAAGGUGAAGGAGAAGAGCACCAAACCUCUGAUAAAUGCAAAGCAGGUGAAAAAAUUAAAACAGGAGAAAGAUCAGCUGACAACUGCCCCACACUUUCCAUAUUUUGAAGAUCACUACUGCCCACCAGACUGUGCUUGUUACGGGAGGUUGGUGCAAUGUUCAGACAAAGGAUUCGAAAAGGUUCCCUAUGGUAUUCCAUACAAUUCCCGCUACAUCCUUCUUAUGAACAACCGCAUCGAGAGCAUUCCGUUGAACCUGCUUUCAGAGUAUCUUUCUAUGGAGUUCUUGGUACUGAGCAACAACCGUCUGGUAGACCGUUCCAUCGAAGGUGCCUUCGAAGGCAUCCAGGCACUAAAGAGGCUGUAUUUGGACCGGAACCUACUCCAGAGUGUCCCUACUGACCUUCCAGCCUCGCUGGAGGAGCUCCGUCUGGAUGGGAACAAAUUGAAAGUGAUGUCCGAGGUGGUCUGGUUUCGCUGCCCUGGCCUGCUCAUUCUCAGCUUGAGCAACAACAGUUUAGAACGUAUCUCAUCGUCGUUCCCUGAUGGAGUUUUGUCUCCACUAAGCAGCCUUCGCACUCUCAGCCUCUCCCACAACCGUCUUACCUCUGUCCCCUUGCAGCUCCCACUUACCCUUCAAGAGCUUUACCUCCGUGGUAACCUCAUCCAACGUUUCCAGCCAGGAAUUUUUCAGGGCAAAGUACAGCUUCAAGUGCUGGACCUCAGCGCCAACAGGCUGACCAACAAGGGUUUGGGCAAGGAUGCACUCAUCAAUGUCACCCACUUGGAAAGUCUCAACCUAGAAGGGAACUUCUUGAACCAAGUCCCUCGUCACCUUCCACACUCCCUAAAGACCCUUAACUUAGAGGGGAACUCCAUCUCGAGCAUCAGCAAGGCCACGUUUCUCUCACUUCCACACCUGGAGCACCUUGGCCUGGCUCGCAACAAGAUCUCCAAGGUGGUGCCUGGAGCAUUUCGGAUGCUUCCUUUGUUGCACCAGCUGGAUCUUAGCCACAACGUGCUUCAGCAGGUCCCACGUCAGCUCCCGGCUUGGCUCGUUUAUAUUGCGCUCAACCAUAACAAGAUUCAGAUGAUUCCACGUGAUGCAUUCUGUUCAUUCAAAAACUCAGAAGCAGCCAGAAGUCGUCUGGUUAAGGUGCAGCUGGAGCACAACUUGGUAGACUUGGGCAGCCUGGACAGCAUGACUUUCAGCUGCCUAAGAGGCUAUCAGGUGGUGCACUUUUCCUGAAGCUGCACUCCAUAGAAACAAAGGUACAAACUGAUAUAAAGCAAAAAACUAACAUAGGCAGCUUGAACUCAAAGGUUCAAGUAGGAAAGGCUGCUAAAAUACCGUAAAUGUACCAAUUUGCUUCUUUCAAUACUGAUUCGGUCUUAACCAAAUGGAUUCAGAAGUACAGGUGACAGUAUUCCUUGGGUACCCCCUAACGAUGACACAAAAAGUUGCAGCAAGGAGACAAAUUCUUUGUUUCAAUUCUGUUAUUAACAUACUUUUGUCGACCUGGCUUCAGUAUGGCUUUCUCAUUCUGACCUGGCUUUCUCAUUCUGUCCUUCUAUGAACGAUCCAGUGUUCAGAAAUGAUCAAAUACAGCAAAUCUGUUUCUCAUG